CGAACACUGAUAUUAUCAGUCUUGUUACAAAAUGGCGGCAACCCGUCGCGGCUACAUAUUCGGCGCGUUUGUGUCGAGUGUUCUCUGUGUAAUUUUAAUAAUUGUGUCAAUAUCUAGUGACAGUUGGAUAGUAUCAACUACGUAUGCCGAUAAAGAAAAUCAAGACAGCAGUGUCAACUAUGGACUAUUUGUGGGUCAAUUCGUUCUAUAUAUAUUUGCGACACCUUCAUACAACAAUCUUCAUUUGACAUGCAUACCGGACAUGAACGCAUGUGCAGUGAGCUGCAAAACUGAACCAGAGGCGAGGGUUGAAGAGGUGCGCGCUCUAGCCCAGGGCUAUAGACCUAACCAAGCCUGUGUUUCAGUAACGACCGUCAACACAACAGACCCUUUGCAAGAUCCGCCAGUAAUGUCAUUCGGUAUAUACGCUAGCACGCUCGUGCUGUUGUUCCUGCAGCUAGUAUUGUCUGUGGUAGCAGCCUGGCUGGCGCUACUUAACGCUUUGAAAAAUCCUACAGAACCCAUCUUUGGAUUACCUGGUUGUGUAUGGACGAAUGUAAUGACCGCCGUUGUUGGUCUCAUAGUGAUGAUGAUGUUUGGAAUAUACUGGGCCACGUCCGGUCUGAAUGAACAUCUAGCCUUCUCCUACAUAGCUUUCGGAGUCCUGGAACCUAGUCGAGGUCUAGGUUUUUCGUACUGGUUACUCAUAGGAUCAAUUUUAUGUUCAAUAGUAAAUGUUGAAUUGAUUCAAUUAAGGCGUUACUUACUCGAAAGGGAUCCUCCGCCACCUACCAUCAAAGUAGAAAACCAUUCGGAUGGCACCAUAUUCCUGUAUUAAGAUGUCACGGGAGUAAGAUUUUAUUCAUCAUCAUCAUUAUCACCCUUUCGCGUCUACUGCUGUACAUAGGUCUCUCCAAUGGCACGCCGCUGAGCUCUGAGGUUUUAUGAAAAGCUGUUAAUUAUUUUAACAUUUCACGGAUCCUGGGGAGUAAUUCUACUAAUUUAUGACGGUUACAAUACGUUCCCGAUUCAAUUCAGAUCGAAACCUAAGCGAUAUGAUAGUAAGAUAUACCGUAAUGUCAAAACUAACUAAAUUAUUAAAUGUAACAGCCUGAGAAUGUCCCACUGCUGGGCCAAGGCCUCACCUUUCUUGAGGAGAAGGUUUGGAAAUUUUAAUUAGACACAUGCUGGUUUCGUCACGAUGUUUUCCUUUUCACGGUAAUAUUUUGUAUAGUAUUGUAAAUUUUAUAUGUUAUUUUUUUAAGAUCGAUAAUUUAUUAAUAAGAGUAUUUUUAAUAAAUUAUUUUGAA